AUGAAAGCGGAUGCUUUGGUUCAUUCUGACAUAUUAGGGUAUCUCCCGCCAAGUAUUCUUGGAUCUGUUGAAUCGCACUUCAUCGAGCUCGGCGCCGAAGCUGUGUCCGAGAAGAUCCGAGAGUGGAGCUCAGAUGCUGAGAGGAACCAGCCUUACGUGAAAAGCUACGAUGUAUGGGGAAGACGAUACGACUAUGAUCGUUUGAUUACAGCCGAAGGCUGGAAGCAGCUCGGCAAUUGGGGGGCCAGACGCAGAGUUGUCUCGAGCGGUUAUGAUUCUUCGCUGGGUUCUCAAAGAAGGACAGUGCAGUAUGCCUUGUAA